AUGGCGGUCGGCGAGGCGGAGCAAGGACUAGCCUACUGGCUGCGGUGGAAAGUGGCUCUAUGCCUCGUGGUUCUGGCUAUCCCUGCCGCCGUGUCGGUGUCCGUGAUCUCGUCGGGCAGGGCUGACCCCCUCAGAUCCUCCGAUCUCUGGCUCUCGUGCUGGAAGAAGGCCAGCCGCUUUUGGCUUCUAGGAUUUCGAGUUGUUUCUCUAUCGAUCUUCUACUUUUUGUUGUGGCAGGUGCUUCUCCUUGACGGCGUCUUCGCCUUCUAUUUCUAUACUCAGUGGACAUUUUUGUUAGUGAUCAUCUAUUUCCUGAUUGCUAGUGUGAUAUCUGCUUAUGGUUGUUGGAUGUAUGGAAAGUGUGCCACUGAAAAUGACGAGGCAAAUGCAUUCCUUAAAGAAGAUGUUGUAGUAGAUAUACCUGUAACUUUGAAUGCAACAAAUAGAAACAAAAAUGCUAGCAAAUCACGUAGCAACUAUGAGCAUGGUUAUUGUCAACAAAAAGCUGGAUUUUGGGGUUACCUUAUGCUAGCAAAUCACGUAGUAACUUGUUCCUGCAGUGUGAAUUGUACUGAUUUGUUGAACCACUCGAGAUACACAUCAAGUUUAGAAGAUCUUAAAAGUGCAGAUGUCAUAAUUGAAGCCAUUGUGGAAUCUGAACUCAAUCACAAUUCAAGAUUUAGCAGGAUUUUGAAGAAGAUGGUGUUUCAACAUUGCUCUAAAAGGAAAGUGAAAGUGAGGAUGAUGGUCUUGACAUGGGUGAUGAUGAUGAUGUUGAGGAACAUGAAAAUGAACCAGAGGCUAUUAGGAAAGAACCAACCAUUGAGAAACCUGCUCCUGUUUCAGCACCACCCAAAGAUGCUGAAAGGCAACUGUCAAAGAAGGAGCUUAAGAAAAAGGAAAUGGCAGAGCAGGAUGCACUUCUAUAUGAAAUGGGCAUUGCAAAUUUUAAUUAGUUUAUUUUUGAUAGAUAACAAGAAGCAAUUGGAGCAAAGUAGUGAAGGGGAGAAGAAAGAAAGUGCUGGUGCUCCUUCAGAGAACAGAAUCUUAAAGAAGAAGAAAUCCAAGAAAGAAAAAUCAUCAAAGGAAUAG